AUGCCGAAUCUCCACAGUUCCACGCCAUCUCCCCAGCCAGAACGUGCCCGUGCCAAAGGCGCCUCGCCAAUGCAACCACGAUGGCUGCGCAUGUACGAUGAUUUCAUCACCAAGAAUGCACACCAGGUGUCGCAGAUCGAGUCGACGUUGCGAUCCCUAACAUACAUCAUCCCGGGCCGCUUCCGCGACGCCGAGAUCGCCUCCGAGUCCAUCCACAGCGGCGUCCAACUCCUCUCCCUGUACCACGACACACUUCUCCGACGGGCAGUAGCCCUCUCAAAACUGCCCCUACCCUCAUUCUCUCGCGUCCCGCCCUCCCCGCACAGCCGGUACACGCGCUUCUGGGCGCUGCGGAGCGCGCUCUACCGGCGGGUCGCCUACGUGCUGCAGAUCGUCAGCUAUGUCGAGCUGCUGUGCGAGAUGGCGGCCAAGCGGCGCGGCGAGCGCAUGCGCUGGCACGUCGUCGUCCUCCUGGAAGCCAUCAAGGCCGUCUGCAAGCUGCUGCUGCUGCGCAUCACAAAGUCGCGGCCCGUCGUGACACCCGUGUUGCCGGAGCGGGAGCCGCUGCCUGAAGAGCCGCCGGAGGAGGGAGAGGAGGCUGAGUUUGGUGUUUGGGAGGAGGAGGAUGAUGAGGACCGCAAUGGUGUUGCGGCUGCUUCUGCCAACGGGCAUACUACGCACGCGCACGCGAACGGGGCCGUGGGCCAUGAUGCAUCAUCAUACAAAGUACGGCCACAGCUAGGCCCCAACGGGGAAUGGACCAUGCCUCGCACCGGCAUGUCCCUCCCGUCGCUUCCCGCGCCGGGCGACACAAGCGGGUACCUGCUCGCGAGGGUGUUGACGGCGGACGACAUCAAGCCCGCGACAAAACUGCUCAACAGACUGCAGGGUUCCGCCCAGGCAGCGGAGAUCCUGCAUAUUCUGGCGCCGUUGGUGUUUGCGGUCGCGCUGGCCCGCAGCAAGGACAAGCGCAGGGCAUGGACGCCGUGGCUGCUCGGUGUGGGGGUGGAGCUGGCCGCGCGGCAGCUACGGGACCGCGGCCUGCGGACGACGCCUCUGGAGCGUGAGGAAUGGAGCCGUCGCGGCUGGGCUAUGGGCUGGUGGGUCAUGCGCGGCGCGUUCUAUGAGAAUGUCACCAAGGGCGUGGUGGCGGGCGUGAGAGGGCGGAUGCCGCGGUUGUUGGCGGGGAUCUUGGAGGAUUAUGAGUAUCUGUGGGAGAACUACUACUUUAGCACCAGUUCUUGA